AUGGAUCUCGUUUUGUAUCUGAUAGCUGCUGCUAUUUUGGCAGUCCUGCUGUUAUUUGCUGUGAAGUUGCGGAAGAGGACGCAGGAAGCUGACAGAGAGCAUGAGCAGGCCGUGGUCCGAGCGGCGGUCGUCCGUCCACGUGCAGCCGUGGAAGAGCGAGGGGCUGGUAUGCCACGUCGAAGGAGGAAUCUUGCAGGGGCGAUGGCCAACAGAAGACCACAGAGAGAAGUAGAGGAGCUUGAAGAGCAAGAACAGCAGGUAGAAGAUGAUGAUGAGGCCGAACAGCAGAGCUCCCAGCCGACUGCAAAAAUUGGAGCUAAAAAACAAAGGAAACUUGAAGAGAAACAGGCCAAGAAAGCACAGCGAGAGGCUGAGCUGGAGGAGCGUGAAGAAAGGAAGAGGAUGCAGGAGCUCAGAGAUCAAGAGAGACGACAGGAGGAGGAGAAAGAAAGAGAACUGGAAAAGAAACAGGAAGAGGAAGAGCGUCGGGCCAAGGAGGAGCAGGAAAAAAGGGAAGAGGAGGAGUACCUAAAGCUCAAAGCUUCCUUUGUGGUAGAAGACCAGGGUGAGGAGGAGCAGCUUACUGAAGACCAGUCACGUAACUUGCUCAGAGAAUUCAUCGAUUACAUAGAGAGCUGUAAAGUGGUUCUACUGGAGGACCUAGCCUCUCAUUUUGGAAUGAGAACAAAGGAUGCUAUUGCCAGACUGCAGGACUUGCUAGCAGAAGGAUCCCUCACAGGAGUCAUUGAUGACAGGGGGAAAUUUAUCUCAAUCACUCCAGCAGAAAUGGAUGCAGUGGCUCAGUUCAUCAAACAAAGAGGCCGGGUUUCUAUCACGGAGUUGGCCCUGGCUAGUAAUUCUUUGAUCAAUUUGAAACCAGAGAACCGCAACACUGCCUGA